AUUAAAACAUCGGUGUUUAUAUUACCUUCUACUUCGUAAAGCAUGAUAUUUACCUGGCGCGCGGAAAUGCGGCACUAUUCGGAGGCCAGUGGACGGAAAAAUAGGCGGGCUGGGCCAGCCUGCGUGAAAGCAAAACGCGUCGCACUUCCUGAAUUGGCUUUCCCUUUUCUGUAUUGCUAUCGAAGAGUUUUAACUCGCUAACCCCUCAGUACCGAAAUGCAACCCAACAAGUAUUCCCGCCUCUUUCCCUUCAAUAAAUCACAAAGUUACUUGCGUGGUCCACUGUGCACAUUUUUGCUUGUUUUGCCCGUUGGAGCUAAGCUGCACAGGAAAUAAAUCAGCUUAGAUUAGCUGCUAGCUGCUAGCCAUCGGAGCGUCUUUUUUGUAGCACUUGUGCUAGCACAAACAAACCAGCCAAGCUCAAGCAAGCAAGAGGCAGGACAGACACGACCGAGGCGGCCCGCUCGUGUUUGAUUGUUCGUAUCGGCGUUGGAAAUACGUGACAAACAAACACGUGUAUCCGCAAAAGUAACAUCACAUAGAGUCAAAGGAAACUAUGGCCACCGUAGUUGCUGUCAGUCCCAGUGAAUACCUCCAGCCCUCUACCACCACCACACAGGACAGUCAACCUUCCCCUUUGGCCCUGCUGGCGGCCACCUGCAGUAAGAUUGGACCCCCCGCCGCCCAAGCCCCCGCAGCUACGCCGCCGGCACAGCCGCAGCCUCGCCGCCUGCUCCCCAUCAAGCCGGCCCCCAUCGCGCCGGCGCCCCCCAAGAACCUUGGUUUCCUCCAGGCCAAGGGCAAUGUAAUUCAGCUCCCCGCCGGCCUGGGUGCUAGCUCCCCCGGCAGCCCCAUAGUGCUCACCAUACAGCAGACCCCGGGCCGGCCCAGCUCCCAGGGCCCUACCAAUAUCCAGUACCAGGUGAUGCCACAGAUCCCAGGGGCACAGACUAUCCAGGUGAUGCCUCAAGGGGGCCAGAUCCAGCUCAUACCGGGCACCAACCAGGCCUUCAUCACCACCCCCAUGUCGGUUCCGGCCCAGGCGGCCGCUGCCCCCGUCACCACCCCUAUACCUUCACCAAAGACUGUCGCCAUUAAACCCUCGCCCAAAAUGAAGAAGUCGAGCACCACAAAUGUUGUGCAGUUACCCGGCGGACUCACACUGCCGCUUAAUGUGGCAACGGGCGAGGUCGGCGGUGCACAGAUCGUAACCGAGACAUCGGCAGUGGCGCCCAUUGUCGUGGGAAAACAGCGACGAGGCAGGAAGAAGAAAGUGACGCUGCCCGCUCAAGCGCCGCCUCCAGCGCCGCCGCCGCCGCCCCCGCAACCUACAUCACCACCCCCGGAGCAAUUGGAGACCAUCUUGAUAGAAACUGCUGACAACAUCAUUCAGGCGGGAAACAACUUACUGAUAGUGCAGAGUCCCGGCCAGCCGGCGGUGGUCCAGCAGGUGCAGCUGGUGCCGUCCAAGCAGGACCCUCCGGUGGUUCAGAUCCCCCAGCAGGCCCUGAAGGUGGUUCAGGCCGCCUCUGCCUCGCUGCCUCCGGUCCCGCAAAGACAGUCGCCCGUGCCCUCGGGCCUGCAGGUGGCGUCACCAGAUACGGCGCCACCACAGAUCUUUUACAAGACUGGUGCCGGUGAGUGGCGGUCCGUACAACUCCAAGACACCGUCUCUACGCCGUCGACACCCACCACUCCGGUUGCCACCCCCGCCUCGCCGCUCCCAACCGCCGCAGCUGUCAAGAAGACGACUACAGGCGGCAGGAAAGAGCGCACCUUGGCAAAGAUCGCGCCGGCGGGAGGGAUGAUGGCGCUGAACUCGUCGCAGCUGUCGUCAACACAGGCAGUACAGACCAUCAGCAUCAACGGCGUACAAGUACAGGGAGUUCCUGUUACCAUCACCAAUGCAGGAGGCCAGCAGCACUUGACCGUGCAGACAAUGCAGGGCGGCAGCCUCCAGUUGGCAGGUGUGGCGGCUCAGGGCCAGCCCACCAUCCAUGUGGACCAGACGCUGACGCUUGAACUUCCUGGACACACUAGCGAAAAAAAGAGGCGCAUGGCCUGCACAUGUCCCAACUGUAAAGACGCGGAGAAACGGCCGGGCGACAUGGGCAAGCGGAAGCACAUCUGUCACUUUCCCGGAUGUGAGAAGACCUUCCGCAAGACGUCGCUGCUGCGAGCGCACGUUCGCCUGCACACGGGCGAGCGGCCGUUCGUCUGCAACUGGGUUUUCUGCGGCAAACGUUUCACGCGCAGUGAUGAGUUGCAGCGGCAUGCCAGAACGCACACAGGAGACAAACGCUUUGAGUGCAACCAGUGUCAGAAGCGCUUCAUGAGGAGCGACCACCUGACCAAGCAUUACAAGACGCACAUAAAUACCAAGAACCUGUGAGAGAACAACUAGACUCCACAUUGAAAAACUGGAGUUUGUCACUUGUCCCAUAAUGGGACCUUCUUCCAACUCCUCCCAAAAUGCCCUUUGUGUACAAAGAAAAAAACAGACUGCCGACGAUCCAUCAAACUUAUUUAUAACCCGUUUUGGACUAAGACUGCCCACGCAAGCAUGCGUGCAGCUGCAGGACUCCAGUCAGAAUCGCCUCCAUUUUUGGGUUUAUCCUCCAUCAUACGCCAUUUUCUUUGUCACCUCCUUCUCUGUGCAGUUAAAGAUCCCAGUGUCGUGUUUUCAACGGUUGCUUUUAUUUUUACACAUGCAGUUUACUUUUACAAAGUUGGCAUGCAGAUUUUUUCCUGCUUCAGGGUGGUAUCGGAAGCCCCUUUCACAUGUUAUUCCUGCAAGAUUAAAGCUGCAGUGGAGCUGGUAUUUAUUUACAGAAAUACAUUGGUUGCGUUGCUCUUUUUCUGGCGAUGCAAAUUGAAGAACAAAAAAUCCUGAAAAGCUCAUGAUAACCGAAAAAAGAGCACUUUAUCUUUUUUUUAAUUUUUUUUAGAUAAGACAUUUUUUUUUAAAGGACGAUGCUUAAGGUUUUUAAAUAAGGAUAAAAUUGAGUACUAAAGGCAGUGUACAAACAUAAAAAGUUAUCAGGAAAGAAAAUACUCAAAAUGUCAUACUUGAAAAGUGGACUCACAUUAAGCACUAUUGCGUACACGUAUGAAUGCCAGCUCUACUGUUUAUCUAAUACGACAAUUUUGCUAGACAUCUGCGUGUAAGGUUUUUUUUUUUUGUUUCCACAUAACCUAUGCCAGUAUUAUCCUGUAAAUUGUUAAUUGCGACAUUUUACACAUUUUUGGCCACAUAAGCUACAAACCAUUUCUACUACAAUGACGCGACAAUCAUACGACGGGAUUCAAACAUUGCUGUGUGACAGCGUAAAGUCCACACGAAGGAGCGCCAGACCACUUUUUUCCCUUUCAAGCAGAGCUGGUUUGGAGCCACAAAACAUCCUACUGGCACCGGCUUGUUAUGAAAAGAAGACAUUAGGUGUGUGUAAGGAGGGAGGCAGAGCCUGAGGCUAUUAUUUAUGUUUGUUCACUCCCUCAAUGUUGUAGUGAAGGGGGGCGAUGUUGUACAGUGUGAAAUUUCAUGUGUGACAUUGUAUAUUUAAUUACUGCUUUGUAAAAUACCUCUAGAAACCCUUUUCUAUAAUAGUGUUAAUAAUAAUUAAAGAUGCCUUAGACAGUUAUUUAAAUUCAACUCUUUUUGUCUUUUUAAUUUAUGCUCCUUGCUUAUCUGACGUGAUUUAAUCACAGUCUCCCAACAUGUACUUUACAUAUUAAUCUCAUUUUAACAAGUUUCUGUUCCUUCAUUGUGUUUCAGGAGAAACCAAGCAACCAGCACUUCAUUUUAUACCGUGUAUAAAUAAAUAUAACUAUAUGAGUACCAUGUUGUGUAACUAUGUAUGUGGUCAAACUAAUAUUGUAUAAAGGUAUGUAUCAUUAUCAUAAACCCAAUCGAUAAAGUCACUAAUUUACAGGGAAAAAAGUUACUUAAUAAUAAUUUCAC